UCGCACUUCAAUAGUCGCUCCACAGCUCUUUCGUCCUUCAGAAAUCCAAAGCCACUAGGAGAUAGUAAUGACAUACUGGCAAGCAUUGUCACGCGCUUUUGGGAGGUCGAAAAUAGAUUCGCCGCAACCCCUAACCCAACCUUGUCAGAUGAAGAUGUUUUCUGCGAGAAGCAUUUCGUACAAAAUCACGUUCGUCUGCCAUCAGGAGCGUAUUCAGUAAGGCUACCUCCUAAAUCUAAUUUCGAUAUUCUCGGUGACUCGUACGACCUUGCUUUACGGAGAUUCAAGGCUCUAGAAAGAAAGCUUCAAAGAGAUCAACCCACAAAGCGUUUAUACUCAGACUUCAUGCAGGAAUACAUGGAUCUUGGUCACAUGUCAAUGGCAUCAUUACUAGCAGGCGCUCCGGUUUACUACCUACCCCACCAUUGUGUUCGAAAACAAGAUAGUACUACUACAAAUUGCGUGUAGUAUUCGACGGAUCUGCUAAAACCACUUCUGGGCACUCUUUAAACGAUUUGUUGCUGUCAGGACCAACUACACAACCAAAACUUUUUAGCACAUUACUUCGUUUCAGAUUUUUCAAGGUUGCGCUUUGUGGUGAUAUAUGCAAAAUGUAUCGCUGUGUUAAAAUGGCUAACCCUGAUAACCAGUUGCAAUGCAUACUUUGGCGUGAUGAUCCAUCAGAGGAAAUAAGAAUCUAUAAGCUCGACACUGUGACAUAUGGUACAAGGCCAGCUGCGUUUUUAGCCAUUCGGGCUAUGCACCAACUUACGUUUGACGAAGAAGAAGCAUUCCCCAUCGGGGCAAAAAUCAUUCGGCGCGACUUUUACGUAGACGACUUAAUUUCUGGUGGUGAUACGAUUGAAGAAGUCAUGCAAAUGAAGCAGCAGGUGAAGCAGCUACUUCGACGAGGAGAUUUUCCUAUUCGGAAAUGGUGUUCGAAUGAAGCUGUCGUUCUUAAAGAUGAAGAUGGGCAAGACUGCGAACAAUUCUUGAAGUUUCAUGAUGGUACCGAUGUUACAAAGGCGCUCGGCCUUGUGUGGGACCCCAUAUCAGACCAAUUUCUGUUUAGCUUCACGCCAAUUUCAAAUUUGGGAAAAAUCACAAAACGUUCGAUUCUCUCGGUAAUAGCGCGGUUUUAUGAUCCACUUGGGCUAAUUUCGCCUGUAAUUACAAGUUUGAAGGUAUUUAUGCAAGCCUUAUGGAAAGAAAAGUUGAAUUGGGACGAAAGCUUGCCGCAGUCCCUGCAUUGUACAUGGUUGGAUUUGUGCAGUCAACUAUCCAUCGUUAGCAGCCUUCGCUUCCCACGCUUCGUACUCGCUAUGCAGGUACGUGUACAGCUCCACGCAUUUUGUGAUGCCAGUUUAUCUGCUUACGGUGCUUGCCUUUACACCCGUAUUGAAGAUCAAGGUGUCAUAAAAACACAUCUCCUGUGUUCCAAGUCGAGAGUGACACCAUUGAAAUCACUCACCGUUCCGAAACUCGAAUUGUCAGCCGCAUUGCUGCUGGCGGAAUUGGUCUCAAACAUUUUGGAAAAUAGUCAGCUAUCUUACGAUUGUCAUUGCUGGUCGGACUCAAUGAUGGUUUUGUCAUGGCUGCGGUCUUUUCCUGGAAAUUUUAACAUAUUUGUUUCCAAUCGCGUAGCCCAGAUUCAAUCCCUCACAUCGGGCAUGACAUGGCAUCAUGUUCCUACUGAUCUAAGUCCUGCGGAUAUUCUUUCACGUGGUUGUGCUCCAAAGGAGCUUCUAAAUAACUUUCUUUGGGCAAAUGGUCCUGCAUUUCUCCGUACAGAUUCAUCGCACUGGCCAGGAAACAUGGAUUUCUUGACUGAUCUUCCAGAAAGGCGACGCCGUGUUCUGGUUACAAGUCCUCGAAUUGAUGCAACUUUUGAUUGCGAAUUUCAAAAUUCAUUCGGCAAGCUACAACGCGUAUUCGCAUACGUUUACAAAUUUUGUCAGUUAAACGCAAAACGCUCUGUACCAUCAACUGGAUCGCUUACUGUCGAUGACGUAAAAUGUGGUACAUUAUUGUUAAUCAGGCAUAUACAGCAACAACCUGUUGUCUCUCAAUCCAUUUGUCGACGAUUUUGGUGCACUUCGCGUUGGAGGACGACUUCAUCAUUCAAAUUUGGACUUCGAGGCUAAGCAUCCGCUUUUGCUACCAAAGCAGCAUCCAGUCACCAACGCGCUCAUUGAAUUUCAUCAUCGAAAACUCCUGCAUGCAGGACCACAGAGUUUGCUAGCAUCGAUCCGACAGCAGUAUUCGCCUAUUGGUGGGCGCAAAACAGUCGCUAAAAUUGUCAAUAUAUGCAUAAAGUGCUAUCGCCUGAAGCCUCGGGUAUUACAGCAAAUUAUGUCGUUUCUGCCAAAAGAUCGCGUGCGGCCAUCCAGAACAUUCCACACCACCGGGAUUGAUUACUGUGGACCAUUUCAUUACAAACACACUGUGCGCAACCGACCGCCUGUCAAAUGCUAUGUAUGCAUUUUUGUUUGCUUUGCGACGAAAGCGACUCAUCUUGAGCUUGUUCAAGAUUUAUCGACUCAAUCAUUCAUCGCAGCACUUAAGCGUUUUAUCAGCAUUAGAGGCAAACCGAGCACAAUCUGGUCUGAUAACGCAACAAAUUUCGUAGGAGCGAAAAAUGAGCUGGAGAAGCUGCGAAAAUUAUUUUUUAAUCAAAAUCACAACAACGCAAUAGCAGAAGCUUGCAUUGAAAAUCAUAUAGACUGGAAAUUCAUUCCACCUCGGUCGCCGCACUUUGGUGGUUUAUGGGAGGCUGCGGUCAAAUCCGCAAAACUUCAUUUUUAUCGGACCGUUGGCAUUUCCAUUUUAACUUUUGAUGAGCUUCGCACUUUGGUCUGUGAAAUUUCUGCUAUUUUAAACUCACGCCCCCUCUGUCCAAUUACAGAAAACCCACAUGAUCUUGACGUGCUUACACCAGCGCAUUUCCUCAUAGGUGGACCACUCGUAGCUAUCACCGAACCAAACGUAACACAUUUAAACAUGAACCGCCUUAGCCGAUGGCAGCGAAUUUGUCAAAUGCAGCAAAUCUUCUGGCAAAAGUGGAGCACUUCGUAUUUAUCAUUGCUACAAGAGAGGUCUAAGUGGCGUACAUCUACCCCAAAUGUACAGCAAGGUGCUAUGGUGCUUCUGAAAGACGACAACUUACCCCCCUUAAAAUGGACUCUAGGUCGAAUUGAGCGCACA